AUGAUUCGACACCUGAAAAGUUGUCAUGUUGCAGAACACAAAAUAUAUGAACACGCAAAAUAUCUUAAAGCUCUGAAAAAUAGUAAAAAAAAUUUUCAAAACAUUUUCAAAAAAUUAAAAAAAAAUUUUUUAGUAGCCGACGAUUCUGUCCGUGAACAAUUAUUGCGUGAAUCUGGUGUUCUUAGAGCUAAUAAUCCUCACUUAAAUUUAAACGAGGGAGGAGAAGAAAAUGGGGGAAAUUCUGGUUUGAAUUCUGGUUUUAUUCAAACAUCAGAAUUUUCUCAACAACAACAACAAACAUUUAAUAAUUUACAACAACAACAACAAAACUUUGUUUUGUUUCCAAAACAACAUUCUGUUGACAAUUUAAUUACAACAACACAACAACAACAUGUUUCCCCAACAAAUGUUUUUCCAACAAAUGUUUCCCAAACAAAUGUUUCGACAACAAAUGUUGUUCAAACAAAUGUUUCCCAAACAAAUGUUUCCCCAACAAAUGUUUCUUCAACAAAUGUUGUUCAAACAAAUGUUUCUUCUUCCCCAUAUUCCCCAAACAUUUCUUCUUCUAUUAAAAGCAACAAUAGUAGUGGAAUAGGGAGUAGUUUGUGUACUUCUUCUGAUUGUUGUAAUAGUAGCUCUAUUAAUAUUGAUACGAGUUCGUUUUCGUCUUUCUCUUCUCCUUCUGAUGGUGGAGAGUCUUCGGCAUUUAAUCAAGUUGGAAAGAUUGGUGAAUUUUUAUUUUAA